AUGCCUCGCGUUCUUGUAUCCUACGGCGUCGACAUCGAUGCAGUCGCCGGCUGGCUCGGCUCCUACGGCGGAGAAGAUUCCGUCUCGGACGUCUCUCGCGGCAUCUUUGCCGCGGAAGUGGGCGUCCCUCGCAUGCUCAAGAUGUUCCACAAGAAGAACAUCAAGGCGACCUGGUUCAUCCCUGGCCAUACACUCGAGUCUUUUCCGAACGAGUGCAGAGCCAUCGUCGAUGCGGGCCACGAGGUUGGUCUGCACGGCUACACCCACGAGAAUCCCAACGCCAUGACUCUUGAGCAGCAACGCGACAUCCUAGCAAAGACCUUCAAGCUGCUCACCGACUUUGUGGGCAAGCCACCAACCGGCAGCGUCGCUCCGUGGUGGGAGACCUCGGAGGAGAACGCAGAUCUGCUGCUCGAGUACGGCAUCGAGUACGACCACAGCAUGCACCAUCACGAUAGUCAGUGCUACUGGCUCAGGACCGGGGACCAAUGGACCAAAAUCGAUUAUAAGGCCAAGGCAGAGACCUGGAUGAAGCCGCUGGUGCGUGGAAAGACGACAGGACUCGUGGAGAUCCCGGCGAACUGGUACGUUGAUGACAUCCCCCCGAUGAUGUUCAUUAAGACUUCGCAGACGAGUCAUGGUUACGUGAACCCGAGGGAUAUUGAGGACAUGUGGAAGGAGAUGUUCACUUGGCUUUACGAGAACGAGGGCGAUUUUGUCUUCCCUAUCACGGUUCAUCCGGACGUUUCGGGUCGCCCGCAGGUGCUUGCGAUGCACGAACGCUUCAUCGACUGGAUUAACACCCACGAGGGCGUGCAGUGGUGCACCUUCGACGAGAUGAACAAGGAUUUCCGAAGCCGCAAUAAGGCGCCUGUCGACGCCUGA